ACUGGGACAGCUUCUGACACCCAAACAUCAGUCUCAAAGCACCAUCCCUUCGACCUACAUCUCGCCCAACGCUCUCCGACCAUGUCCUUCCCAACAGGCCUCGUGGCUCUCAUCAUUGCCCUCAUCAGUGCUUACGCCAUGUCCGUGUCAGUCUUGUCCAUGGCCAACAUGAAGAAAUACGAGUCCAAGGCAGAGAAGUUGGCCGAGUGGAACAACGCAGCCCGGGAACGUCUGUGGGAUACGCGCUAUACCAUAGGAACUGGUUUUCUCUCCUGCCUCGUGUCCCUGAUCACAGCAGUGAUGUACCUCCUCCUCGCACCAGACGGCUCCAGCGUCCUCGCCGCUCCGUGGUGGACCAUGUGGCCAGCCGCCCUCGCAGUGGGCCUCCGCUUCGGUGCCAGCCGCUACAUGCACAACUUUUGGGCCACCAAGGCCAAGGUACCGCUGGUGGACCAGUACAAUGCUGCGAUCUCCCAGAGCAUGCAUGUCAUCGGUUUCUUGGAUCUUCUUGCGGCCGGCUGGGCUGCGGUGGCGGUGCUGAAGGCCGUGGCGCUGUGACGGCCGGAACUGCUCGGAGGCCUCUUCAAGGGUCAUACGGGCCUCGCGCACGUCUCCCAGAGAGCAACUCGGCCUCACCAUCCUCUUUAACCAGAUAGAUAUCUUCAUGCCGCACCCCAAAGCGGUUCUCCAGAUAGAUGCCUGGCUCGUUCGUAAAUGUCAUUCCGGGUGAGAGACGAACGCCCGUGUUCCACUUGUUCAGGUACGGCGACUCGUGAGCUGUCAUUUGCAGUGCAAUUAGCUUUGGUCUCAUCAUGAUGGAAAGGCGGAGAAAAUCAGUGCGUGGGCGCUGCUGACCCUUGAUCCCAAUCCCAUGGCCCAGUCGAUGCGUGAAACCAUUCCCAUAUCCAGCGUCCUCAAUCACGGUCCGGGCUGCAACGUCAACGCUUGCGGCGGUCGCGUUUGGUUUGAAUGCACCCGCUGCAGCCGUCUGUGCCUCGAACACGAUCUUCCAAACCCGAAGUUUCUCUGCAUGCUCCUGCAGGCGGGUCUAUAAAGAAACUCCUGCAAAUGUCGGACGAAUAUCCAAGAUAAUGGGCGCCCACGUCAAUGACUACCAUACUCUCAUAUGUUCUGUUCAGUGUCAGCGCCAAGGCCCUGACGACAUGUACACAUCGAUGACGAAUCAUCAAUGUUCCCUACCAAGCUAUCCAAGUUCGGAACUUACAGUUUGAGCCAACCUGUAACAAAGCCGCCGUGGGGCAGUGCUCCGUGGCCCUCGAAGAGCACGAUGUUGAAGAACAGCUGGAAGCCAAUCGAGAGCAUCGCGUUGUUGAGGAUAUCCG